AUGAGGAGGCAGCAUGGGCUUCCCAUCGACGGACAUUACGUCAGCGGAUGCUUGACAGAUUUCCAGCGGUUCAUUAAUUGCGGGAGACCUGCAUGGGAUUGGUUCCAGGAGUUGUUAGAUAUGUUUCCUUCAGCGAACUGCAUCGACAAGUUCAUGGUGAAGUGCACUUGGAUGCAGGAGGCAUUCAGUCACCUUCCCCACGACGCAGACGAGGAGACAGUUAGGAGGUACGUGAGGGCGCACAUCAUAAUGCUAUUAUGCACCCAGCUCUUCCGUGACAAGUCCGGUACACGCAUGCAUAUCUGGUGGCUACCAUUCGUUGCAAGAUUGGAGGAUAUGGGUGGAUACAGCUGGGGAUCUGCUGCUUUGUCGUGGUUAUACCGAUGCUUAUGCCGUGUGGCCAACAGGAAUGUGGUUAAGUUAGUCGGUCCAUUGAAGCUCCUCUAG